GCCGGGCGGCCAUCUUGGAUCCUCCAUCCCGGAGCGGGCGGCGCUGAGCGGCGGAGUGGGGGCGGGGGCUGCAGGCUGCCGGAGCCGGCCCGCGGGGCUCCUGACACCCGGCUCGGAAGGCGCAGGGGAGCCCGGGCCAGCCGGGUAGCAGCGGCGGGUGGGGGAGGCCCAGCAUGCGAGCGGAGGCCCGGUGAAGCGGGGCUGGGGGGAGAGGCGAGGAGAAGGGAGAGGGAAGCGCUUCGGAGCGGGCCUGCCUGGCUGCCAGUGCUCGGAGCUGGCUGCGGAGAGGCGGCUUGUUUUCCUGGCCGGGCUCUGCGGCGCCCCGCUGCCUUCUCCGACCCGCUUCCUCGCCCCCCUCAGCCCGCUGCGCUCUGCGAGGAUCCCCCCACCAUCCACCUCCUCACCCCUCUGCGCGCUGGGCUCCUAAGCUGGCUGUAGGAUGAGCCCUGAGGACUCCCAGGGGGAGACGCUGCUCCAUCGCCAGGCUGGAAUAUAGCUCAGAAGUGGGGUGGCGGCGGUGGAAAUAAGGAGCCCCCCACCCCCUCCCUUGAUGGUGGCCCUUCGUAGCCACUGCCUCGCAGCAGAGUGACACGCAUUCUUUGGGGGGGUGGUAGGUUUUUGUUGGGGAAGGGGUGUUUUGUUUUGCUGUCGCAAGCAGCCGGUGCUCCAGCACAAGCGAAUUAAAAUGUCCACUAGAACUCCAUUGCCUACGGUGAAUGAACGCGACACUGAGAAUGAUGUCGUCUCUUCACUGGGGGAAGGCCUUUGCGAAAAGCACACCUCUCAUGGAGAAGGACGUCAAGAAGUUUCCUCUCGAACUGGGCGCUCUGGAGCUCGCUGUAGAAAUUCUAUAGCUUCCUGUGCAGAUGAGCAACCUCAUAUUGGAAAUUACAGACUUCUUAAAACGAUUGGAAAGGGGAAUUUUGCAAAAGUAAAGUUGGCUAGACACAUCCUUACUGGCAGAGAGGUUGCAAUAAAAAUAAUUGACAAAACACAAUUGAACCCAACUAGUCUUCAAAAGCUUUUCAGAGAAGUAAGAAUAAUGAAGAUUUUAAAUCAUCCAAAUAUAGUGAAGUUAUUUGAAGUAAUUGAAACUGAAAAAACUCUCUACUUAAUCAUGGAGUAUGCAAGUGGGGGUGAGGUAUUCGACUAUCUGGUUGCACAUGGAAGAAUGAAGGAAAAGGAAGCAAGAGCUAAAUUUAGACAGAUAGUAUCUGCAGUGCAGUACUGCCAUCAAAAGCAUAUUGUUCAUAGAGAUCUCAAGGCUGAAAAUCUAUUGCUAGAUGCAGAUAUGAACAUUAAAAUAGCAGACUUUGGUUUUAGCAAUGAGUUUACAGUUGGAAAUAAACUGGAUACAUUUUGUGGCAGCCCACCAUAUGCUGCGCCAGAGCUCUUCCAAGGCAAGAAAUAUGAUGGACCUGAAGUAGAUGUUUGGAGUUUAGGUGUUAUUCUUUACACUCUUGUUAGUGGAUCUCUUCCUUUUGAUGGACAGAACUUAAAGGAACUGAGAGAGAGAGUACUAAGGGGAAAAUACAGGAUCCCUUUCUACAUGUCAACAGACUGUGAAAACCUCCUCAAACGUUUUCUGGUGCUAAACCCAACUAAAAGAGGCACUCUAGAGCAAAUCAUGAAGGACCGGUGGAUCAAUGCAGGGCAUGAAGAUGAUGAGCUAAAACCUUUUGUUGAACCAGAGCUGGACAUCUCAGACCAGAAGAGAAUAGAUAUUAUGGUUGGAAUGGGAUACUCUCAAGAAGAAAUUCAAGAAUCCCUUAGUAAAAUGAAAUAUGAUGAAAUCACAGCUACAUACUUAUUGUUAGGGAGAAAAUCAUCAGAGUUGGAUGCUAGUGAUUCAAGCUCCAGCAGCAAUCUUUCCCUUGCUAAAGUUAGGCCAAGUAGUGAUCUCAACAAUAGCACUGGACAAUCGCCUCAUCACAAAGUGCAGAGAAGCAUAUCUUCCAGCCAAAAACAGCGACGGUACAGCGAUCAUGCUGGACCAUCUAUCCCUCCAGUAGUGGCAUAUCCAAAAAGAAGCCAGACUAGCACUACAGACAGUGACCUGAAAGAAGAUGGAAUUCAGACAAGGAAAUCUAGCAGUAGUGCUGUUGGGGGACGAGGAAUUGCUCCGGCUAGCCCCAUGCUCGGAAAUGCUAACAAUCCAAAUAAGGCUGAUAUUCCUGAACGUAAGAAAAGUUCGGCUGUCCCCAGUCUCCUCAGUCGUUCCUGGAAAAUUGACCGCCAAGUUGGGCAUAUCUCCACCCUCUUCCUCUGCAAAGACAGAGGCAAAAAUAAUACCGCACCUGGAGCAAUGACACGCCGCAAUACAUACGUUUGUAGCGAGAGAACCACUGCAGAUAGACAUUCAGUAAUCCAAAAUGGCAAGGAGAACAGCACUGGUCCUGAUCAAAGAACUCCUGUUGCUUCAACUCAUAGCAUCAGCAGUGCAACUACACCUGAUCGCAUUCGUUUCCCAAGAGGAACUGCCAGUCGUAGCACUUUCCAUGGUCAACUCAGAGAGCGACGUACUGCUACAUAUAAUGGACCACCUGCCUCACCCAGUCUAUCCCAUGAAGCAACACCACUUUCACAGACUAGGAGCAGGGGCUCCACUAAUCUUUUUAGUAAAUUAACUUCAAAACUAACAAGAAGAAACAUGUCAUUCAGGUUUAUCAAAAGGCUCCCGACUGAAUAUGAGAGGAACGGGAGAUAUGAGGGCUCAAGUCGCAAUGUAGCUGUGGAUCAGAAGGAUGAAAACAAGGAAGCCAAGCCCCGUUCACUGAGGUUUACUUGGAGCAUGAAAACUACCAGUUCCAUGGAUCCUAACGAUAUGAUGAGGGAAAUUCGUAAAGUCCUGGAUGCCAAUAAUUGUGACUAUGAACAAAGAGAGCGUUUCUUGCUUUUCUGUGUCCAUGGCGAUGGACAUGCGGAAAAUCUUGUACAGUGGGAGAUGGAGGUGUGUAAACUGCCAAGACUGUCACUGAAUGGAGUCCGCUUUAAGCGGAUAUCGGGAACAUCCAUAGCUUUUAAAAACAUUGCUUCCAAAAUUGCCAAUGAAUUAAAGCUGUAAGAAAAAGUAAUUAAGUUGUAAAUUAAGUAGCAAUUUCGAGUGUUUUUGAGAACACCGAUGGAAAUGUAUAGAAUAAUAUUUAGGCAAUAACUUCUACAUCUUCUGAAUCAUGAUAUUAAAAAAAAAAUUGAAACAAGCUGCUGAGCUGGGAGGGAGAGUUGGACUUUUUUUUAUAAGUGCACUACAGCAUUAAAGUUGCCUACUAUGUAAAAUAUUACCCCUUCUGCUUUAUUUCCUUUGCUCUAAGUCUUUGGCAACAAACUGAAACACACAAUAUAUACAUUUAAAUAUGCCUCCUGUUUGUGUGGAUGUGAGAAUGUACAGUAUGUGUGUAUAAUAUAUUAAGUAUUAUAUGUAAACUAUUCAUUUACAACAUCAGAGCUGUACCGUACCUCUUUGGGGGCUAAUUUUGGUGCUAAAAAUUGAAAUGGCCAAGGAGGAAACACUUGAGUUAAUAUUUAAAAUAAUUGAAUGGUUACCCAGUAAAUGCAGUUUUACAGUUCACUGCUGUGUUAAGAAAAAAGUGUGAAGGGUUUGGAUUUAUGGUUGUGAACAUUACUCCUGUUUUUUAAGUAGAUCUCAUGAGAUAAUUAAACAUUCACUUUUACUCAGUAA